CGCCCACAACUUUAUCGGCACGUUGUCUCCCUUGGCUGUGCACUCGGUUUGUGGGUUUGCUUGGCAGUUUGGAUUCACGUUACAUUUGCGGCCGUGCUAGCAACUAGUGCCACACAUCAUUCAGCGUUCCUGGCACAGAUCCAGUUCCAGACCCUUUUUUUAUCAUACGGAUAGAUAGGUUCCAAGUCGCGCUGCAAGUAACUCGCGGGGACCCCUGAAAUUUACCAGACAGCCAAUAUUUGCCCCCGGACCAGAACAACCUUGAUCCCGACAAGCGAGGCGGAGUUGGCGGCGAGACAGAACAAACAAAGACAGGAGAAGAGAGAAUUAAGGUAUACAUAUAGGAAAAGGAGGAACCAACCCAAAACGUCCUGCAACGUGCAACAACAAAAAGGGUUACUUACUUAGCCUCCCCAAGUCGAAAAAAAAAGUCAGUUUUGUGACUUCAGUCAGAGGAGGCCAGGCAAGGAAAGCAAAAAAAAAUAAUUGGGUCAUCGACUUCCUUGGCACCUACCUAUUCCAUCUCAACUUCUUGAACAAAAAUUGGCAGGGACAUCCCAUUAUCGAUCGCCCUUAAUCCGAAAAACAACAACCACUCGCUCUCUUUACUUUCUUUAAUACGGUACACUUCGCCACUUCCCGCUGUGCGGUUGACGGCAUCCAACCGACCACCUCAUCCCUGUUACCUUUGCACAGUUGUUCGGUGCAAAAAGACGGGUCCCGGCCACUCACUUUCAGUCAACCCCCAACCUCCAGCAAUUCCUUGGCCCGAUUGCUUUGCUCGACGAAACCACCAACAUCAAAAACCCGUCUUUUAAAAAGCGUUCCCAAGCGAUUGUUACCCCUCUUUCUUGUUGUAUUCGCUAAUGAGCUGCUAUCGAUUAUUGAAUCGAUUGACUUGCUCUCUGUGACUUGGCAACAACCGCCAUUUUUUACUACAUCACACGUACAAAGUACAGCCUCUGGCCUGCGAGCUUCCUACGAUUUUUAACUUUCUCCUUUCUUUUAUUUACCCCUCUCCCUUGUACGGUCAACGAUAGCGUUGUCCAUUUAUCUCGAAAGAUUAUGAAGAUUUCCACUCCAGGCAAGAUGAACUUGACAAAGAAGUUUGAUCGCGCCUUUCAAUGGGCUGGCGAGAAGAUGGGCGGCGAGGCCAAAACCAGCAUGACGGACGACUUUAAGAUGCUGGAGAUGGAGAUGGCCCUUAGAUUUGAUGGCAUGGAGCGUCUGCAAAGGUCAAUGAAUGCCUACGUCAAGUGGCUUGGCCGCCGUGACACUUUCGAAGACAAGGAGAAGGGCCUUGCAGGUGGAUAUCUCGGUCGAACGAUGGUUAGCCACGGUGAAGACUUUGAGAGUGACUCGGAUUUUGGAAACUGCUUGAUAGCCCUGGGACGCGCCAAUGAGAACUGUGCCGCAUAUCAGGAGCAGCUUGUCGCCGAUGCCACUACUGUAUGGCUCGAGUCCCUUGAACGAAGCUUGGCUACAAUGAAAGACUACCAGGCCGCCCGCAAGAAGCUAGAGAACCGUCGACUUGCGUACGAUGCAAGCAUGACCAAGCUGUCAAAGGCGAGGCGCGACGACUACCGUAUCGAGGAGGAAGUUCGCUCAGCAAAGGCCAAGUACGAAGAGACAACCGAGGACGUAUGCAGGCGCAUGCAGGAUAUCAAGGACGCCGAGGCCGACUCAACGCGCGACUUGACAAGCUUCCUCGAUGCCGAGCUCGAAUACCACGAGCGAUGUGCCGAGGAGCUCCGCCGCACACGAGAGAACUGGGCUGGUGCCAAUGUGCAAUCUUCGCCGUCGCGAAACAUGCACAGCAGCUUUGGUGGAAGGCCCGGUGGGGCUCCCAUUUUGGUUAGGAGCCGUUCGAGCACGAAUCAGUCCCUUGGCGAGAGGCUGUCGCGCACAAACACUAGCGGCAGCACGGGCAACUCUAGCGCCCAGAACUAUACGCAUGAGGAGCACGAGCCUGCGCCACCGGUUCGCAUGCCCACAAUCCGCUCAGCGUCGCGUAUGUCGGCAAACGCUGCCGCCCCUGACAUCCCAGCACGCCCUGGCGUGGCACGUAGCAACACAUUCCAAGGUGGUGCCACUAUUGAGCGUAACACGCACUCAACGUCUGGGUCCAGCACCCCAAGCGGCUACCAGCCGAGCUUCCAACAGCAACAAAACGCCGCCGCCACCAUGUCGGCCAACAUUGGCUCUUUGCGUGGUCAGCUUCGUCCCGUCAGCCGUAUAGUAACGCAACCGCGGGAGGACAAUGUGUUUGCCGAUGGAUAUGAUGACGACACGACCAGCAGCGGUGAUAGUCCGAAGUGGAGCGGCGGAGACAGGUGUUCGUCGCCUGCAACAAGCUAUGGCAGUGGUGUUUCGAGGACCGCGAGCACUUUGGGCAGCCGCAAGGCACCACCCCCUCCACCUAGCCGAUCCAAGAAGCCGCCGCCACCAGUCCCGGCAAAGCGAGAGGUGCUUUACUAAACGCUCAAGCUUUGCAACUUUCUAGUAUCUGUUUUAUUUUGCUCGACCAAGGCAUUCGAGGUUUGAGAGCAUUCUUCGGUGCCUUGCUUCUUGUAUUACGGAAUUUCUUGGGUUCUGGGAGACUAUGCAGGGAGGGACAAAUUGAUAAAAUCGGGGUAUCUGGAUCCUGUGCUAAUGGCUCAAGGACUGUAUCCGUACUGGCGUUGGUGGAAAAGAGCGUUUUGUUUGCAUCUGCCUGGACGGCAGGUAGCUAGCUAGCUUGGGUGUAGAAUGCAUUUCGUUUUUCACUAUAGCUUUCUCUACAAUUCUCCUUGUACUG